AUGAUUGAAGAAUCCUCGACAGACAAUUCACUCUACAAGACAUAUGAUAUUCUUGGAAAAUAUUUAAACUCUAUGGGGCAACAUAUGGAAGCAGUUCAAGCAUGGGAAGACGGCUUGAGACAUCUGGAAACUAGUGUAGAACGAUUUGAUGAACUUGGGAACGAGAAAAUUAUAGAUUGGAUCAAUAUUUCCCUUCAAACAGCUCGACUUGUUCAUCGUCUAGGCACGGAUGGACCAGGAGUAUCGUACAAAUCCAAUCGUGUAUGUUAUGCUCCAUCCAAAAUGACUGACGCUGAACAGGCAGAAUGGAAAAUUGAGCAAUUUCAAAGUGCAGUAAGACAUUAUAAAGGAGUACUUGAGCAUAUUCCUGAAGAAAACAAAGCAUUCGAAGAACUCGAAAAACGAGGAAAAGUAUCGGAAGGUGAUGAACGAGACUUCAUUGGAUCUACGCUUAUGCACCUUAUAAAAAAUCAUCAGAGUGUGUGUACAGUGAAAGGUGCAGCGAAUGCAUUGGCUGAAAUGAAGUAUGAAAAUAUAUUUGACGUGUUGGAACGUUUAUUACCUCAAGACGUAAAUCCUUUCUUUCCUAUGGAUAUACCAAAAGCUCUUGGCAAAUUAGGUGAUUCAAGAGCCAUUCCUCUCCUUAUAAAAAUAAUCGAAAAUCCAAUGCGCCAAGAAAACGAUGAUAGCGAUUCAUCGGACGAGAUAUUUUCUUCAGGUGGAAAAGAUCGAUUAGUUGUGGAAUCAUGCUUAGCACUUGCAUCUUUUAUCAUAAGAUCCAAACCAAUUAAUGAAUAUUCAUCGAACGACGAAAAAAGCUCACAGAAUACAGAAAAUCAUCAUGACGUCCUUGCUGUACAAACAAACAAAGACGCUUUCAAAUUUCUCACUGAAUUUGGCUACAACCCAUGUGAUAGUCCCACUGGUUUCAAGUCGAAUGAUUUUACUGGUCCAUCGUGUCAAGUUAGCAUGGAAAAUAUGUUGGAAAACUUUCAAAAAAAGUAUAAUCUACCUGUAACCAAGAAGCUUGAUGUUCGUACAUUGAAGUUGAUGAAUACACCACGAUGUGGAGUACCCGAUUCUUUAUCGGAAAUUGUUGAUCGAAGUAGCCUCUGGCCAAAGGAUCGCAUACUUAAGUGGAAAUUGCAUAUUGGCAAGUUACCAUUUGACCACAAUGAAAUUCGAGAAGCCAUUAGACAAGCGUUCGAUGAUUGGGCUGGUCAUGGUGGAUUAACGUUUUAUGAAGCAAAUGAGUCUGAAACACCUGAUUUUAAUGUGUCUUUUGUGAUUGGUGAUCAUGGAGAUGGAGCCCCAAUAAAUGAGCCUACUACAGUUCUCGCUCACGCUUUCUAUCCCUGGGAUUUUACUUUUCGCGGACGUAUUCACUUUAAUUCAGUUAAAAAUUGGACAAAGACAUAUGAUGGAGUGGGCUACAACUUACGUUUAACUGCUACACAUGAGAUUGGACAUAGUCUUGGAGUUCCUCAUUCAGAUGAUUCUGAUUCGAUUAUGUAUCCAACGUACCAAGUGUUUCAGCCCGACGCCGUAUUACCUGAAUCGGUUAGUAUAAAUUUUAUUGUUGACCUUCUUUUCUAUGCCACAAAAUGUGAGUUCUUUCCAAAAGCAAGUAAGAACUAUGGAAAGGCUUAA